AUGGAUGACGACGAUAUGUUCGACUGGGGCAGCAUCUGGCCCGACUUGUUGGAAGAACAAUCAUACGCUACCGGUUUUCGUUUCUACCCUACUGAUUCUGAACUCAUCCUUCAUUACCUGUCCAACAAAGUUGCCAAUCGCCCUGUGGAUCUCGCCGCCCCAAUUUUUGACGUCGACAUUUAUCAACACCAUCCCCUCCAACUUUCCGAGUGGUAUAGGGACCCUCGAAUAAAGGAGCUGUAUUUUUUCACUCCGAGGAACAAGAAGUAUCCAAAUGGGCACCGACCGCAACGAGCAGCCGACAAUGGGUAUUGGAAGGCUACCGGAGCCAACAAGCCCAUUCUAGACAAUGGUGCAGUCAUUGGGUACAAGAUAACUUUGAGGAGAAGAGGAUGGCUGCUGUCCUCUGCUGUGGUGGCUACUGUUUGGGUUGCCGGAGCACGAGAGUUGCAGAGGGCCUCUCGGGUUCUUGACUGGUUCUUGAGUGAAGCUGCUGCGGUGGAUCUACAGCUUGGACAGGGCUGUCACAAAGGCACUUCGGUGGUUUACUGGUGUGGAGGAAUGUGCUCGGGUGGAGGAAUACAGCUGCGGGCUGGAACAGGGGCAGCAACACGGGGAAACAGCACAGCAAAGCAAAAGGGCAGCAGUGGCGGCCUUCCUUCAGCAGUUGCAGCGGCUGUGUGUUCACGGGUAGAGGGAGUUGCAGCAAGGGAGUAG